UUUAUAACACACCUGUCAUUUCCUACUAAAGCAUGGUGGUCCAAAGAAGGAAAACACUUCAAUGACUCAUUCCCUAGCUGUCUAGAAGUGUACAGAUAACAAUUCCAAUGAUACACUGAAUUGCAGCAUAUUCCACAACCUUCAGAGAGCAGCACCCAGUUCCGGUAACCAGUGUAUCCAGCCAGGUGAUGAGUGCUGCCGUUACCAACCUGGACCCAAGUCUCAUUCAGCAAAUUCAGCAGAUUUUAAUGAAGCAACCUGCCCCAGAUGAUGGUUCUGGAAUGGCUGCAGCAGCAGCUGCUGCUGCAGCAGCUGGCAUGGUACCACCAGUACCAGAAGAGGUUAAAGGACAAAACAUUCCUAGUCUUACAAAUACAGCUGAUCAAAUGUAUCGAACUCGAACAUACAACACAUCGCAAAACUGUGA